AUUCCAUGGGGCCCACCCAGCAGUUCGAGUCCUGGACCUGGUGGCUUGAGAUACAUACUGGGCAUGGCUGUGUAGGCUCCCCAAUCUCAAGAAUAUGGAGAAGGGACUGGACGUGGCCGGCCCCUCUGGGAGUGCUGUCUCUCCCUCUCUCUGGCUGUUCAUCCUCCGAGCCCCGCCUGAGGCAGGUCCGCCAUGCCGCUGGUGACGAGGAACAUCGAGCCAAGGCACCUGUGCCGACAGACGCUGCCGGGCGUCCGCAAUGAGCUGGAAUGUGUGACCAACAUCACCCUGGCCAAUGUCAUCCGGCAGCUGGGUAGCCUGAGUAAAUACGCAGAGGACAUUUUUGGAGAGCUCUUUGCUCAGGCCAACACCUUUGCCUCUCGGGUAAGCUUCCUUGCUGAGAGGGUAGACCGACUCCAGGUGAAAGUCACGCAGCUGGACCCCAAGGAGGAGGAGGUGUCCCUGCAGGGCAUCAACACCCGCAAGGCCUUCAGAAGCUCCACCAUUCAAGACCAGAAGCUUUUUGACAGAAACUCGCUCCCGGGGAUGAUGGAAGAGAGGCACUCAAAUUCUACACAGACCCUUCCUACUUCUUUGAUCUCUGGAAGGAGAAGAUGCUGCAGGACACCAAGGACAUCAUGAAAGAGAAGAGGAAGCACAGGAAAGAGAAGAAAGAUAACCCAAAUCGAGGGAAUGUAAACCCACGUAAAAUAAAGACACGUAAGGAAGAGUGGGAGAAAAUGAAGAUGGGAAAAGAAUUUGUGGAGUCCAAAGAAAAGCUGGGGCCUUCUGGGCACCCCCACACCCUGGCAUACCAGAACGGCAGCGUCGGCUCUGUCGAGAGCAUGGAUGCGAGCAGCUGCCCUCCCCCGCCGCAGCCGGACUCCGCGUCCUCGCCGUCUUCCUUCUCGGAGGACAGCCUGGCUCCCCCGCCGGCAGAGUUCAGCUACCCGGCAGACAGCCACAGAGGACCUGGCAUGGCUGGACCCAAGAGGGCCAGUGUGGUCAGCCCUGGCCACCCACCCCCAGCUCCUCCCCUGGGCAUCCCAGCAGCCCCCAAACCGGGAUUUGCUCCACCUCCAGCUCCUCCACCUCUGCCCCCAGUGGCCAUCCCGCCCCCACCACCGCACUCUGUGCCACCUCCUGAUGCCACCAAGCCGAAGUCCUCCUUGCCUGCUGUGAGCGACGCCCGCAGUGACCUGCUUUCAGCCAUUCGUCAAGGCUUCCAGCUGCGCAGGGUCGAGGAGCAGCGAGAGCAGGAGAAGAAAGACGUCGUGGGCAACGACGUGGCCACCAUCUUGUCGAGGCGCAUUGCUGUCGAGUACAGCGACUCCGAGGACGACUCCUCCGAGUUCGACGAGGACGACUGGUCAGACUAGGCCAUCCCUCCUGGCCCCCCGCCUCGCCGCCCCUUCCUGCCGCCUUACCCCAUGGGGGGCAAAGAAUGUCAAGGGGCCAAAGCCCCCACCCCCAGCAGCCAAAGAUACGCCACGUGCUUCCCAGACCCACCGCCUCCCCGCCGGCCCCCCAGCCAGCUAGGGUCCUCCCCUGUUGCCCAGUGGAGAAGGCCCCGCCCCGGAGGCCAGUUUCCGCCCUGCUCUGCCCUCGGGCAGUGGAGCGGUCUCUGCCCGCUCAGCGUCCAGGUGCCUUAUGGAGCCGCUCCGUGUGGUGCCCUCAGGGUGGCGCCCCCCAGUACCGUGCCUUUCCGAGCCUUCACCGGCUCUCUGCACCCGUGCUCAGGUGGCCCGCCCUCCCUCACCCUCAGUGCCUUCAGGCAGCACAGCCCGUGUUAGCCUUCACAGCCAUGGCCAGACCUGCCCGCCCACAUGGGCGGGGCCCUCAGCCUGCUCACGGCGAUGCCAGCCACAGCCCGGUUCUGCUGAGCUCCAGCUCCUCGACUUUCCGGGACCACAUGCUGGAGAUGCGUCAGUCGGGACAGCAGUCUUGGCUCUGUUCCCUCCGGGCCCUACUGUGGGAGGGCUCAGGGCUGGACUGCCCCCAGGUGGCUCUGGAAGCUGCCCUGGGGACCAGAGUAGGGAAGGGAGGCCGGGCAGCUUUGACAACCCUCUGCGACCCCCUUUCUCGUGGAAGCCCUGGCCCGCAGCCCUGCAGGUCACACUGCCUGUGGGCCCAGCCUGGAGGCAGCACCCGCCUAGCCAGAGGAAAAUGGCUGCCCUCACCCUCUGCAGUACCUGCCUCUGCCCUUGGGCUGGAACUGCCUCCCCCUGCUGUCUCCGGCUCCCAGAGCCCUGAGACACGACGGGUUCAUCUCCAGCCCAGCAGAUGGCCGCGGCAGCCCCAGACCCCGGAAGCCCUUCAGCCUAGGAGAGUACUGAUGGCAGUGCCGCUGUGUGUCCCUGACCUCCGGCAGUGGGACCGAGUCCUGGGCGCGCCCGCCUGCUCGGCCGUGUGUGCCCCAAUGGCAGACGGCAUCCUGGCCACAGCCUGCAGUCACCAGAGAGGAGGUGGAGGCAGCCGUGGGGUCCUGGGGCCUGGCCAGACCAGGGCUAGGCCUAAUGGCUUCGACUAAACGACCCCAUCCUCUUCCCGCAAAGGGGGAGCCAGCCACACUGCUCUGACCUUGGAGGGUGGUGCUGGCCUGGCUCCAGGAACAGAGGGAGCUGCAGAGAGCUGGGGGCGGGGAGGGGCUGCUGGGAAGGCAGGAUUAGAUCGUUAGCUCCGUGACCUCCCGGCUGCAGUUCUGUGUUCUCGCCCUGCAGCUGGCCGGUAAUGAUCUGCAGCCCAGAGCAGCAGCACAGCCCGGCGCUCAUUAAAGCCGUGUGGUCUGGCUUCACGCUUUGGAGCAGCCAGCCUUGCAGGGCCUCUGCAGCGUGGGGGGAGCUGGGGACUGUCAGUGAGGCCCUGGGCUCUCCUGUGCACAUGUGCACAAAACCCCUCAGACCAGGCGCCACCAAGUGCAGGUGGUCUUGGGUCUCGGGUCCCGCGCUCAUCAAGUGCAGAGCUCCGGUGACUCAGUGACCCAGGCUGGCAGGUGUCUGCAACAGUGGUCCCCAGGGACUCCCGUGCUGAGCCGGGGAGCACCUUUCUGGCCGGCCCAGGCCACUUCCAGUAGUGUCAGAAGUGACUGGAGGCUUGGCCUUGUCUGCGGAUGCAUGCCAGGAGAGGGGGUCCCUGUGGAGACCCAAGGCACCUGGCCAGCAGUAAACGCUCAUGACCCCCAGAAUCCACCCUGUCCGGUACCACUGCCGGGCUGAAGCAGUGUCCAGGCUGACGUGAAGCCCUUCCCAUGGCGCCAGGCUCCCGGCGGCAGGGCCAGCCUGGACAGUUCUGUGGCUUCCCUGGCCCCGCGUGUCCGUGUCCAGCAUUGCUCGAGGCCUGCCCACCUACAGCCCCUCACCUGGCCUCGGGAGCUGCACCAAGGCCUGGGGCUCCGGCUCCUGAAGGCUGCUCUGCUGAGUCACCAGCUACUCCACUUGAGAGACUGAUCGACUCCUACUUCCUGUCUGGAAUGACCUACAUGGGGGAGACGCCUCGUGCCCCUCCCAGAGUGCCUUGUCUUCCCUGAUACGUGUCAGGACGUGCUCCCACGGGGCGGGGCGGCCAGUGUGCAUGGGGUGCCAUCUGCCAAGGGAUGGGAGGCCUGAGCCAGGCCGCUCCUCUGCCUGGCUCUGCCCACCCCACGGGCAACCUGUUGAUGCCCCACACUUCUUGGGUACCCCCCAUUCGUCCUGUGACCCAAAGCCUCUGUGUAACUCUUGACAUACGCACAUGAACGCAUAGACGCCAAUCCUUAACCCGAUAAAGGCUCUAGACCUAGC